CGUUUCUUUUCUGUCAAAAUGUUAACCUUUGCUUUUUAAUUUUUCUUUCCAUCAAAAAAACGAUUAUAAAUCGUUCAAAUGGCGACCUGCCGAAGCCUUUUUGGAAUAAUAAGCACCCGACAGUUACACAUAAUCCUUACCCCGCAACUAACCAAAUCAGGGCGAAGCCUUCAUCAAUGUUUGGGGUGCAAAACCCGUAAUAUCUUAUCGAAUAAUGUGGUUAAUCAGACGCAAAAUGGGGUGGAACUAUUUGUAAAAAGAAGUUUCCAUCUAUCAGCUGUGUGCAAAGCAGCUAAAAAAGACUACUAUGACAUAUUAGGGGUCGGUCGCAAUGCCUCUUCAUCAGACAUAAAGAAAGCUUAUUACAAACUUGCUAAAAAGUAUCAUCCUGAUGUAAACAAGAAUGAUCCUGAGGCACAAAAGAAGUUUCAAGCUGCCUCAGAGGCAUAUGAGAUCCUUGGGGAUGACUCUAAAAGAAAAGAGUAUGACACUUGGGGUGCAACAUCUGAUCAAAUGGGUGGCAUGGGUGGUCCAACCGGCAGUACUGGAAGGGCACAUGGUGCUCAAGGAUUCAAUCAACAUUGGGAAUACCAAUCGACAAUAGAUCCAGAAGAACUAUUUAGGAGAAUAUUUGGCAAUGCUGGAUUUUCAAAAUCACCUUUUGAGGAUUUUGCUGAGAGUAAAUAUGGCUUUGGGGAGGCCCAAGAAAUAGUGUUAAGGGUUACAUUUAGUCAGGCUGCUAGGGGUACAAAUAAGGAUGUUUCAAUUAAUGUAAUAGAUAAUUGCCAAAAAUGUCAAGGGUCUAGGUGUGAGCCCCCAUACAAGGCUGUUAGGUGCACUUAUUGUAAUGGUUGUGGCAUGGAAAGUAUUACUACCGGCCCAUUCAUAAUGAGAUCUUCAUGUAGGUACUGUCAAGGUACAGGGAUGUAUAUUCAACACAAAUGUACAGAGUGUGAAGGAAAAGGAACAACUGUUCAGAGACGAUCAGUGACUAUACCCGUUCCAGCAGGUAUUGAAGAUGGGCAGACAGUAAGAAUGUCUGUAGGAAAUAAGGAACUGUUUGUAACAUUUAGGGUGGAUAAAUCUGACUAUUUUAAACGUGAUGGGGCCGAUGUUCAUACAGAAGCAGAUAUUUCUGUAUCACAAGCUUUAUUAGGAGGCACAAUAAGAAUUCAAGGGCUUUAUGAAGACCAAAUAUUACAAAUUAAACCAGGUACCUCAUCGCAUACUAGAAUGAGGUUAUCAGGUAAAGGAAUGAAAAAAGUAAACGGUUUUGGCAAUGGAGAUCAUUAUGUUAACAUAAGGAUAAGGGUACCAAAGCACUUAGAUCAGAAACAGAAGGCUUUAAUUCAAGCUUAUGCUGAGUUGGAGACUGAUACUCCUGGCCAGAUAUCUGGAGUUUCACAUACCACUGAUGGGACUAGAGGAUCGGACGAAAUGCCUUAUGCCGGCGAAGAUGCGAAACCGGAAAAAGAAACGAUCUUAUCGAAAAUAAAAAGCGCGAUAUUUGGUUAAUUGUAGAUGCCAAUUCAUCUAGAAUAAUAAUUUAUAAUAAUUUCUUCAAAUGAAAGAUGUUAUUGUAUCUUCAUUGUGAUAUGAAUUUAAAGAUAAGUGUGCAAGUAUUGACGCUUUUAUGUCGUUGUUUUAUUAAUUGUUCUCAUGUUAAAUAAAACUAAAAUAAACAAUAAUUUAGAUGUUUUUUUUAUUCAUUAUUCCCGGAAACUAGUAAUUUGAAUUUGUUUGCGGAGAAAAUUGUUUUUUCUUUAUCGAAUUCCGUUUUUUAGGUAAAAAAGCGUACAGCUCAAACACUAAAGAACCAUUCCUUGAAGCUAUAAGAGAAGCUUUGGAAGG